UGAUGAUAUUAUGUUUGAUUUUCUUUGAGGAGAGGCAAAAAAGUUAGAUCUAUAUAAAGAUCAGACUAAUAAAAAUUGUUGUUUGAUAUGAGACAUUGAUUAUAAGUUCUUUAUACAUGAAUCACACAUAUGUAGUAUUGCAAUAGCAAUCACAACCAUGCAUGAACCGAAAUCGCAAAACACUGUACAUAAAAAAACAUUCUUUAGAAUACAUCAAUUUAGGGUUUAGAGAUUAAGAUUUAUACUUGAGUUUAGGGUUUAGAGAUUAAGAUUUAGGGUUUAGUAUUUGGAAGGUAGGGGUUGAGGUUUGGGUUUAGUGACCAUAUUAUGUAUGUUCCAUUUGACAAUUAAUAAAGAGUGUUCUAUUUUGCUCACUAAUUUGUACUAUACUAUAUAUUUUGUUCCAUUCUAUUUGGAUUUAGAGUCUAUACUUGGAUUUAGGGUUUAGUGAUUAGGAUUUAGGGUUUAGUAUUUGGAAGGUGAGACUUUAGGUUUGGGUUUAGUGAUAGCAUUUUUGUUUUUGUAUUCAAAAGUUAGGUCUGAGUUUAGCAUUGAGCAGUUAUGUGUUGGAUUGGAGUCCUAUACUAUUCAAAAAUUAGGUUUGGAUUUAGUUUAAUAUUACAUAAUAUUAUAUAUUAUUUUUCAGAUUUUUUUUUUUUUUGAUUAACCUGGGGGUAUCCCAUGCACAUGGAGAGGCCCAGACUAAUCCCCAAGGGGAGGUGCAGCCCACGGAUAGACCCUCUCUCCGGGUAUUCAAAUGGGCCCUAAAGCAUGGACCCAUAUCCGUGUUGGGUGACCAGGAUAAUUGUGACUUAGUUUCGCGCAGCAGGUGGAUCGAACCUGAAACAUGUUGGUGUCUCAGCCCCGCCUCCUUACCACUCGACCACAAUCACCCGAUCUUAUUUUUCAGAUUUUGAUAAUUGGGUUUAAGGUUUAUAUUUGAGUUUAGGGUUCAGUAAUUAGGGUUUAGUAUUUAGAUGGAAGAGUGAUGUUUAAAGUUUAGGAUUUAGUAUUAGGAGUUGAGGUUUGGAAUAAAGUUUAGUAUUUACUAGAUUUGAGUGGAUUUUGAAUCAUAUUAUAUUUCAGUGAUAUAGUAUAUAAAAAUCAGAUGCAUAUUUAUGUGUUAAAAUAAAGUGUGAUGUUGGUUAUAUUACGUGUGAUACUUAAUUGUGGAAUGUCAAAUUAUCGAUGUCAUCAAUUUUCUCUAUCUAUUACUGGUAACUUGAACAAAAAAAUUAGUACUGAAUAAAACUUGACAUAAUUGUUAUACUUAAUUAUGUCAAAAUCAAUGAUUUACACUUAAUUUAUUUUUUUAAUUUGGUCAUUUGGCAGAUUCAGCGUAUAUUUAAGACCAUUUUGACAUUGAAAUGAUGAUGAAUAGUUUAACGAAUCUAUUAACCAUCAUCGUCCACUUGUUAGUUAUCUAGAAGCUGGUUUAGAGAAUUGGAAGAGCAGUACUUAUAUCAACAUGCCUACCAUUCCCUGAAUAUCAGUUUUAUUCAAAUACAUUCGCUUUAUAUAUAACCAUUCUAAUAAUAACAACUAAAAUCAAUUUACACACAAUCUGAGAUUUAUUCCUGAUUUAGUUGAGAGAAUCCCAAAUUAGCUUAAGCUAUCCAGAGAUUCAUUCGCUUCCACAAGAAUCACCACAAAUACAAAUACAUCUCUCUUUCUCACACCAACGAGAUUCGCAACCAUGUUCAACAAGAAAAAUCAAUCCACUGGCUCGGGCGAUGGCGGCUCGGUAUCCCGAACCGGAGCAGACUCUCCGUACCUCCAAAAAGCACGCUCAGGUAAAACCGAGAUCCGAGAACUCGAAGCGGUUUUCAAAAAAUUCGACGUGAACGGAGACGGCAAGAUCUCAUCCAAGGAGCUCGGCGCGAUCAUGGCGAGCCUAGGUAACGAGGUUCCAGAGGAGGUCCUGGAGAAGGCGAUCACGGAGAUAGAUCGGAAAGGAGACGGUUACAUAAACUUCGAGGAGUUCGUUGAGCUGAACACGAAAGGGAUGGAUCAGAACGACGUGCUUGAGAAUCUGAAGGACGCGUUCUCUGUUUACGAUAUCGACGGGAACGGAUCGAUAUCGGCGGAGGAGUUGCAUGAGGUUUUGAGGAGUUUGGGGGAUGAGUGUUCGAUCGGGGAGUGUAGGAAGAUGAUUGGUGGUGUGGAUAAGGAUGGAGAUGGGACGAUUGAUUUCGAGGAGUUUAAGAUUAUGAUGACGAUGGGAUCGAGACGUGAUAAUGUCAUGGGUGGUGGUGGUGGUGGUCAGAGGUAGAGAGUUUAAUGGCCGAGUGAUGUUUUUGUUCGUCUUUGUAUUCGUUUUGUUCGUCCAUUGUUAUUAUUCCAUCAUUGUUUCAAUCUUUUUUUUUUCUUGUACUUUGGAAGGACUGCAUUGCCCUUCAAGCUAACGUGAUUUUUUAAAAAUUUAUGUUUCAGUUCUGCCUAGAAUUGAAUAAUUGAACAGUGAAAAGUUGUGUGAAUACAAAUAUUUUCAUCUUUAA